UUUCGGAGUUGCCUCCCGGUCCCGCCUCCACCCUGUGACCAGCGGGUUGGGGGCGGAGUUUUGGUGUGCGUUCUUCUUUGGAAUGUGGCCUGGAGCGUGUGGGUUCUUUUAAAUUGUCUUUCGGUGUGGGCCUCGUUUGAUCGCAGCGCAGCAGCGGGGCUUUUGGUGAGCUGCGAGGAGCGGAGGCGAGGGUCCACAAAUCCGGCGCUGAAUCUGCUCAACACACACACGAUUCUUGUUAGAAAGAUGGCUACCGUUUUUCAAAAUCACAUUCUCAAACUGCUGUGGUGGGAUUUGAGCCUGCAUUUCUGGAUUACUACGUCCAGCAACAACAAUGAUGCUACCCUUCAUUAAUGCUCAAUAUGUUCAGUCUCUGCGGAGCAGCAACAACAGCCAGAACUUUCAUUUAUCUGGUGCCUUUAACAAGAGAAUGUCAGCCUACUAUUUAAACUAUACUGCUUGACAGUAAUGACGCUAGUGGCUGCCACUUAUACUGUGGCAUUGCGGUACACGAGGACAGUCUUAACGGAGAUGUAUUUUGCAACCACUGCUGUUUGCAUCACUGAAGUCAUCAAACUAAUUCUGAGUUUAGGUAUGUUAACAAGGGACACGGGGAGUUUGAGUAGACUGCUGUCAACAUUGCAUGAGCAUGUAAUAAGGAGUCCCAAAGAAUUGCUGAAGCUCAGUGUCCCGUCUAUAGUGUACGCUGUGCAGAACAAUAUGGCUUUUGUGGCACUUAGCAAUUUGGAUGCAGCGGUGUAUCAGGUGACGUACCAACUAAAGAUCCCCAGCACAGCACUGUGCACAGUCCUUAUGCUAAACCGUUCACUCAGCAAGCUGCAGUGGGCCUCGGUGUUUAUGCUGUGUGCCGGGGUAAUGUUAGUUCAAUGGAAGCCUGUAGAAACUACAAAGGUGCAAGUUGAACAGAAUCCACUUUUGGGAUUUGUUGCCAUUGCCAUUGCAGUAUUAUGUUCUGGAUUUGCAGGCGUUUACUUUGAGAAGGUUUUGAAAAGUUCUGACACCUCUCUGUGGGUGCGGAACAUACAGAUGUAUAUCUCUGGCAUUGUGGUAACUGCAAUUGGAGUUUAUGUGAGUGACGGUGUCCAAGUGAUGGAGAAGGGCUUUUUCUUUGGAUAUACCCACUGGGUCUGGUUUGUUGUAUUAUUAGCGAGUCUUGGAGGCCUGUACACUUCAGUUGUUGUGAAAUACACAGAUAACAUCAUGAAGGGAUUUUCAGCUGCAGCGGCAAUUGUCAUUUCUACAGUCGCGUCUGUGUUGCUGUUUGGCUUGCAAAUAACUCUAAGCUUUAUAUCUGGAUCCAUUCUGGUCUGUAUUUCGAUAUACUAUUAUGGUUUACCAAAGCAAAACACGGCCACAUUUGAACAGGUUGUAACAGAGAAGUCCAAACAGCCACUGGAAGAUGUGUGACCGUGAACACUUCAUUCAGAAAGGGUCAAAAGAGCAGAGUAAAAGACCUCCUUAUCUGCAUCUUCUCUUGACCCAGCUUUUGGCGGGACGUGACUUUUUUUAAAAAAAAUCUCUGUAGGUUAUUGACUCAUUGAUGCAUUUUUAUUGCACUUAGUGCUCAGCAGGGUGAAUGUUUUUGUGCAAUGUGGCAACCAAGGAACACACCCAAGUUAUUUACUGAUGAAGAAGGAUUUUUUUUGCAUAUGAGACCUGUUUAAGGUACUGUCAAUACAAUGCCCCAGCUUAGUCACAUUUGGUAAUCAAACAAUUCCAAAAUUCUUGGUUAGACUUUACUAUAUAUCUUUUUUUCCAGACAUAAUUUCUGGCAGAAUGCAAAGUUUAAAAGUCACAUGUUUUUCAUUUACUAUAUUUUUAGUUGCUGAAUAGCUCAAUGAUUUUUCCCCAAUUGAUACCCGGAACAGUGGUUCCCUUGCAAGUUUUGUGCUACUCUGUGAUUUUCUCCUCUUCCUACUAGAUUAAUUUUGCGCUGUUGCCUUUGCAACAAUAUGAUUUGGCUUGAACAUGUGUAAGCCUUUUUUUAACAUCUGCCAUUUAUAUUGUCAUUUGCACUUUACAAAAACUAAGAUUGAUUAUUUAAAUUGCAUUCUUAUCAUUCACAAAGAAUAAAUCAACAUUGACACCACA